CGGGUCAGCGCUCCAGAGCUCCCUGUGAGCCAGACGCUGAAAUUGACAGUAGCUGCCAGGGAUUCAUUGAAAGCCCCUCUACUCCAAUGGUUCUGGAAUGGCAAGGUGGUUCCUGAGGCUCGGAGCGGCUGGGCUAACAGUGUCCGGUUUAUACGCUGCCACCCGUAUGGACCCUAAUGAUAUCGGACUCGUUAGAAUUGGACGAGCUGUUGCCACGACUGCAGUUAUCAGUUAUGACUACAUUGUCUCGCUCAGGGGCCUGGAGUAUGGGACAGACGAAUACGAAUCCAUCAAGUCGCAGGUACACCGUCGCUCUGCCGGGCACCUGCUGGAUCUCUGCCGAGCCAACAGGGGCACCUUCAUCAAGGUGGGCCAGCACCUGGGAGGCUUGGACUACCUGUUACCUGAAGAGUACACCAGCACCCUGAAGAUUCUGCACAGCCAAGCUCCGCAGAGCAGCCUGCACGACGUCCAGCAAGUUAUCCAGGAGGAUCUUGGCAAAGAGGUCACCCAGCUGUUUGCCAGCUUUGAUGAAGCCCCACUGGGCACUGCGUCCUGGGCACAGGUCCAUAAAGUAGUACUGCACGACGGAAGGACGGUGGCACUUAAAGUCCAGCACCCUAAAGUGCAGCGCCAGUGUGCCAAGGACAUCAUUUUGAUGGAGGUUCUGGUCCACAGUGUGUCCUGGCUGUUCCCCGACUUCAGCUUUGCCUGGCUGGUUGAUGAAACCAAGAAGAACGUGCCGCUAGAGCUGGACUUCCUGAAAGAAGGACACAACACGGAGGUGGUGGCUGAGAUGUUCAAACACUUCCAAUUUCUUAAGGUGCCUAAAAUUCACUGGGAGCUGUCAACCAGCCGAGUCCUGGCCAUGGAGUUUAUCGACGGAGGACAAGUAAAUGACAGAGAAUACAUGAGGCAAAAUGGCAUCGAUGUGAAUGAGAUCUCUCAAAAUCUGGGGAAGCUGUACAGCGAGAUGAUCUUUGUAAAUGGAUUUGUGCACUGCGAUCCACACCCAGGCAAUGUGUUAGUGAGGAAGGACCCUCGAACGAAUAAGGUCGAAAUUGUGUUGCUGGACCAUGGACUGUAUCAGACCCUGACAGAGGAGUUCCGCCUUAACUAUUGCCGUCUGUGGUACGCCCUGAUUAAGACCGACAAGAAGGCCAUCGAGAAGUACAGCCGGCGACUGGGAGCGGCCGAGCUGUAUCCACUCUUCGCCUGCAUGGUCACUGGCAGAUCCUGGGCCUCCAUAACCAAAGGAAUUGACCAAAUACCAGUCAGCAAAACUGAGGAUGUGGAGAUCAGAAUAAAGGCAGCAAAGUAUCUCUCCAGCAUCAAUGAGCUGCUCAACAACGUCCCCCGCCAAAUGCUGCUGCUCCUGAAGACUAACGACCUGCUUCGAGGGAUUGAGACAUCGCUCCAGACCCGGGCCAGUGCUAGCUCCUUCAUCACCAUGUCUCGCUGCUGUGUCAGAGCUGUGUCCAGGUAUAAGAAGGAUGCAUCAAAGUCUUGGUACGGAAGGCUGAAAAUCUCCUUGGCAGAAGCUCUGGUCCUUUGGCAGAUCAGUCUGCACGAGAUCCUGCUCUGGGUGAAGGCAUCAUCGGCGUGGAGAUGGGUCAGUGGUGACUGGGCACAUGAGCAACCUCUGCAAUGAAGACUCUCUCUGCCAGCGAAAGGACUGGGUCUUUGAGGAAGGGUCACCUAUUCCUUUUC